AUGGGUCGACUUACAACCAAACCCCAUCGGCUCGCCAAACGCACCGCCAAGUCCGAACUUCGUAAGAGCUCUCACGACCUUGCCAAAGUAGGCCGUCACUCGAUACGCAUCGCCCUCGCCAGGGGUCUGGAAGCCACUGCUAGUGCGCACGAAGCCAAGGGGGUCACUUCCACGGCAGAUGGAGUAAAGGGCAGUUCUUGGCGUUCGAAGCAGGCGCCACGAAGCGCUGGCAGCCAGACGAGCAGCCGUCGAGUAUGUGGUGAGGUGGACUACUCCAACGGCGUCCCGACGUCCCGCCACGGCUGGUAUCGCAUCAGGGGCAUCGUUGCAGAGAUGGGACCACGGUACCUCGUCGAGUGGGAGGGCCUAGACCCCAAGACGGGCCAUCCCUGGCCCAGCACGUGGGUGGGUAUCGAUGAUCCAACAGAGAGCAUCUUUGACGUUAGCAUUGGCGCCAUCAACGAAUGGGAGAGAAAGAAGAAAGAAGGCAGAGUGGAGCAUGACGUUCUGUCCACGCGCGAGAAUGGCAGCAUCUAA